AUGUACAGCAGUAAACUUUUCCACACAGAUCCUCCACAGGAUGGCGUCAGUCUGUCAGGUUAUGUUAACAACACAGCCGUGGAGUCUGGAGAAACCCUGAACUUGACCUGUCAGGUGAGAGAGGGGAAUCCCCCACCAACACUCACCUGGUCAUCGCGGUGUGGUCAGAAAAACACAGUCUCUGGUAACGAUGGACACGGACCCAAGUUUACCAGCUGUAAAUCAUCGUACAUUUUCGUGGAGAAUGUCACAGCUGAGCUCUCCUGUACUACCUGGGCUAAGCCUGAGCCCACGAUAAGCUGGAGUCGAGGAGGUCAGCCGAAUGACCUGAGCGUGACAAAUCACAGAUAUACGUCUGUGGUCAGGUUCGGCAAGAUCAACAGGACUGACUCUGGAGCCUACAUUGUGACAGCUAGUAAUAAUGUGAAGAGAGUAGAGAGGACAGUCAAUGUCUCUGUGUACUAUCCCCCAGAUGUAUCUGUGGUUCUGGUAUCAGGAGAAAAUGUCACAGAAGGAAACCCUCUACAGCUGGAAUGUCGUGCUGAAGCUGUUCCUCAAAACUACAUCUACUCUGCCUGGAGUCGUACCAUUGGAGGCCGUCCUGUACCACUGAUAAUCAGCAGCCCUGGGAAAUCCCUGUCCAUCAGUGAGGUGACGUUUAGAGAUCAGGGUAUAUACCGGUGUGGAGCCACUAACGGGAUUGGAAGCGCUAAGAGGGGACAACUGGGGGUUAGGGUUCGAGCCCGACCACAGUUUCCCAGUCAAAUCAAACAACAAGCAGCAGCCCUGGGUGAAAAUAUCAAACUGAUGUUUAAGUUUGUGUCGUAUCCCGCCUAUGUGAGCCUCACGUGGUACAAACUGUCCAGCAACAUGGCCAACACGAUAUCAGAAAGACUAGUCGUACCCAACACACCCGGGAGUAAAUUCCAAAGUCACGUGAUGGAGGCUGAGCACGAAUUUCUGUUUUACGACACCAAAGUCCUGCUUUCUGGUCACGUGGCGGAACUAGAAAUCUCUGACGUUAAACAUGAUGACUUCGGGGAAUACAAAUUUGUUGCUGAAAAUGACGUGGGAUCUUCUGAGACCAUCAUAUCUUUUAACUUAAUAGAUCGUCCGUGCCCACCCACUUUAACAACCAUCUUAUGUGAAAACCGUGUGGCCAAUGUCACGUGGAUUUCCUGUUUUAAUGGCGGUUCCUCUCAGAUAUUCAAACUCCAGUACAAAAAGAAGGGAGGUAAUUGGGUAAUAUAUGAUGAUAUAACAGACUUGGGAGAGAAUAUGACUGUGAGCAAAGUGGUGGAGAGUCUAGACGAUGGGGCUCAAUACAGCUUCAGGGUGUACGGUCAGAACAGGUGGAACAAAAGUGACACUGUAGAGACGAGUUGUAUAGUUACAGGUACCACCCGUGAUUUAGCCGGUCCCGUGGCAGGCGGUAUCUCCGCAGCUAUCGUUGUACUGGGAGUUGCGCUUCUAGUUGUUUUCAUGUUCCGUCGUCGAAAGCAAGGUGUUCGUUCCUCAGGAGAAACAGACUAUCGGGUUUUCGUCAAACGAACA